UAUGAGACUGUAUUAAAUCGAGUUGGUGCUGGACCAGGAUGUAAUUAAUUAAAUAGGGUAAUAAUUACGCGUGAACAAUACUUCAAAAGACCUUAAAUCCUUCUGAGCCUGAGACGGAUUAACUUUUUUUGUCAUUGCUUAUUUUUUUUUUAAAUUACCCGCCUUCAUCAUUAAAUGCGCGCAUGCGCAAGACAAGUGUUCCACACAUAUGAAUAUAUAACUAAUUAAAAACUACAAAUUAACAUAAAAACAGACAAUUUAACAAUAGGACAAACACAAUUAAUGAUCGGACAAACGUUUAUAGAUAAUUAUAGACCAAAUAUGAUAGAAUAAAAUUAUAAUUUGCAUAGGGGGGGGGGGGCUAACUAAACAAUCAGUUAUUAUUUAAUUUUUUAUAAAUAAACAAAAUUAGGACAAAUAAUUAUUAAUGACGAACAUUCAAGGACAAACGACGAACAAACGAUUUAUUACAAUCAAAAUCCAAAAAAGUGUCAAAAAAAAAUUAGAAGGGGCUGACUUUGCUCAGCUCUACCCUCCAUAAUAAACAUAAAAUAUUUUUAUUUUAACCUGAAAUUUUUUGAAUCAAUCAAAAAAUAUCAUUAAUAUUUUUCAAUAAUGGGAACAAAACGUAAAACAGUAGACACUCAAGUUCCAGCUGAAGAAAGUGAUUUAUUAUCAAUAAAACCAUUGGGUGCUGGUCAAGAAGUAGGAAGAUCUUGUAUAAUGCUUGAAUUUAAAGGUAAAAAAAUAAUGCUUGACUGUGGUAUUCAUCCAGGAUUAUCAGGAAUGGAUGCUCUACCAUUCGUAGAUUUAGUUGAAGCAGAUGAAAUAGAUUUAUUAUUAAUAUCACAUUUUCAUUUGGACCACUGUGGUGCUUUACCAUGGUUUCUACAAAAAACAAGUUUUAAAGGCCGUUGUUUUAUGACACACGCGACAAAAGCUAUUUAUCGUUGGUUACUAUCAGAUUACAUUAAAGUAAGCAACAUAGCUACUGAACAGAUGUUAUAUACUGAAUCAGAUUUAGAAUCAAGUAUGGACAAAAUAGAAACAAUUAAUUUUCAUGAAGAAAAAGAUGUUUUUGGAAUUAAAUUUUGGGCUUACAAUGCAGGACAUGUAUUAGGUGCGGCAAUGUUUAUGAUUGAAAUAGCUGGUGUUAAAACUCUUUAUACUGGAGAUUUUAGUAGACAAGAAGAUCGUCAUUUAAUGGCUGCUGAAAUUCCAAAUGUUCAUCCAGAUGUUUUGAUAACUGAAUCAACUUACGGUACACAUAUUCACGAAAAAAGAGAAGAUCGUGAAAAUAGAUUUACUAAUUUAGUUCACGAAAUAGUUAAUCGAGGUGGUAGAUGUCUGAUUCCUGUUUUUGCUCUUGGUCGAGCUCAAGAAUUGCUAUUAAUUUUAGAUGAGUAUUGGAGCCAACAUCCAGAGCUUCAUGAAAUACCUAUUUAUUAUGCAUCAUCACUUGCUAAAAAAUGUAUGGCAGUUUAUCAAACUUAUGUUAAUGCUAUGAAUGACAAAAUUCGUAGACAGAUAGCUAUUAAUAAUCCAUUUGUAUUUAAACAUAUAUCAAAUCUAAAAGGAAUUGAUCAUUUCGAUGACAUUGGUCCUUGUGUAGUAAUGGCAUCGCCGGGUAUGAUGCAAAGUGGAUUAUCACGGGAAUUAUUUGAGUCCUGGUGUACAGAUUCAAAAAAUGGUGUUAUUAUUGCUGGAUAUUGUGUUGAGGGAACAUUAGCUAAAACAAUAUUAUCAGAACCUGAAGAAAUUACAACAAUGAGUGGCCAGAAGCUACCACUUAAAAUGUCUGUUGAUUAUAUUUCAUUUUCUGCUCACACUGAUUAUCAACAAACAUCUGAAUUUAUUAGAACUUUAAAACCACCUCAUGUAAUAUUAGUGCACGGUGAACAAAAUGAAAUGAGUCGUCUUAAAGCUGCAUUACAACGUGAGUAUGAAGAUGAUCCUAAUACUACAAUGGAGAUACACAAUCCACGUAAUACAGUUGCUGUUGAACUUAAUUUCCGUGGUGAAAAGACAGCUAAAGUUAUGGGAACACUUGCUAUGAAUACACCAAAGCCAAAAGAAAUUUUAUCUGGUAUUUUAGUUAAGAGAAAUUUUAAUUAUCAUCUAUUGGCACCAUCAGACCUUUCAAAGUACACGGAUAUGAGUAUGAGUCAGGUUGUUGAACGUCAAGGUAUUCAUUUCAAUGCUUCAUUGCCAGUUCUUAAGCAUCUUCUUACUCAGAUCGCUGGAAAUAUUGAUAUUAUUGAUGAUAAAAAAAUGCGUGUUUUUAAAUGUGUUGAUCUUAUUGUGGAGGGUAAAAUAAUAAUAAUGGAAUGGGUUGCUAGUCCUGUUAAUGAUAUGUAUGCUGAUGCUGUUCUUACAGCACUUCUUCAAGCUGAAAUGAUGGAUACAGCACCUCCUAAAACACUAUCUGCACCAACAAAAAUGGAUCGUAUGCAUUUCAAAGAGUGUCUUAUUGAAAUGCUCCAAGAGAUGUUUGGUGAAGACUCUGUACCAAAGAUAUUCCGAGGUGAAAAAUUAUAUGUCACUGUUAACAACAAAAAAGCUCAUAUUGAUCUUGUCAGUCUUGAUGUUUCUUGUAUUGAGGAUGAAACUUUUCAACAAAUAGUACAGACUGCUGUAUCAAAACUUUAUCAAUCUCUUGCACCACCUUGUGAUUCAAUAUAAUUUAGUUCAUUUUUAUUUAUUUUUAUAUCAUGCGACUAGAGUUAUUGUUCAUGUAUCAAUAAUUUUGUAUUUAAAAUAAAAUUACCUUUUUGUUUGUAAGUAUCCAUCAUUAUUGAUUAUUAUUUGGUUUAAAAUUUUCAAUUAAUUUUUGCGAUUUAAUUUCUAGAUUUUAUUUUGAAUCUAAUAAUAAUAAUAAUAAUAAUAAUAAUAAUAAUAAUAAUAAUAAUAAUAAUAAUAACAAUAAUACUUAUAAUUAUUAUAUAAGUAAUACAUUAGGAUUUAAAUAUGAAAUAAAUAAAAACAAUUUAUAUGACAAUAUUUUUUUUUACACAAUAAUAUUAAAACAACUUGAUUUAUCUUACACUGUAUACAAAUCUUACAAUAAAAUAAUAAUUUUUAUACAAAUA